CUCGUGGCCAUUAUUCAUCCUGGUUUGAUCGUUUUAUAUAUCACUGUAAAUAUAACCCAGAACCAUGAGCAAUAUAGUCUGCGGCCUUCAAGUUCUAUAACAACAUUAUCCAGUUUACUUUCUGAGGCUUCACAAACCGACUGGCCUCAAAGUCAACCUGGUGUCUGACUCUUUUGACCAUCAUUACCACGACCGCUCCUGUUCUGGUCAGACAAUUAAAGACAGAUGAAAGAGAACUACGCCGUCGAGAAUGCUUUGGGAACCAUUGGCGCGGUCUUGUGGAUGAUCCAAAAUAUCCCUCAGGUCAUCAAGUCAUACCGCGAAAAGUCUACCAAGGGCCUAUCAGCUUCACUCAUGUUCAUAUGGGCACUGGGAACGGUGAUUCACGGUGCUUACAUCGUCGCUCAAAACUUUUCUAUUCCAUUACAAGUUCAGCCGCAAGUCUUCGCAGCGCUAGCUACCGUCUCUUGGUGUCAGUGUCUGCACUAUGACAGAGGCUACUCGGUCAAAUCCGUGUGGGCAAUAUUCAUCGUCCUUUGUGGUAUCUUUGCCGGGUUCGAGGUCGGUAGCGUGUAUGCACUCUGGGCGGGACAACGAAACGGAGUGGAAUGGCCAGUCUUGAUGUAUGGGUAUCUCUCUGCUGUCCUUUUGGCCGUUGGGCUACUGCCACAAUAUUGGGAGAUCUACAAGUAUCGUGAAGUUAUUGGCAUUUCGAUGCUAUUCAUGGCUAUCGAUAUUCUGGGAGGGGUUUUUUCUUUUCUGAGCUUGCUUUUCCGGAAAGACCUUGAUAUCGCUGGUUUUGUGUCUUAUGCUCUUGUCGUCGUGCUUGAUGGCAUAAUAGUCGUCCUUUACUUCAUUCUCAACCCUAUUGCCAAACGACGUCGCGCUAGGGAAGCCGAGAAGCAGCGGCCAGGCGACGAAGCGGGGAUUGAGGGUAGAUCGACCACUCCGGUGUCAACAUCUCCCACGUUGAUCGCCCAUGGUUUUACGGUAGAAAAGCAGGAUGCAAGAUGAUGAUGAUGCUGGAAAGGCAGAAGUGGAGAUACCCGGACCGAUAGCGCAGAAGGCGCGUAAGAGCUAGAUGAUUAGAGAAGCCUGGGGUGAAGAGGCACAAAAGAAGCCAUUAAUGUUGCGGGCGUGAAACAAAUUUUUUGUUGGGUGUUGUACAACUACAACUACAAACAUCUCAGUAGAGCAAAUAGAUUGAUGAGUAGGCAUAUUAUUAUAAUGCAUGAUCUUGAUAUAUACCGAACUGUACGAUUUUUGCUACACUUGAUACAGUAUGUGUAUGGCUUGUGGUUAUAAUCCCUCUUAGCCAGAUAACGGAUGCAUGGC